AUGUCUUUACGAGAUAAUACGACAUCGAACGUCACAAAAUGUUUCAUACGCAGCAGAUCGGGCGAUCGUUUUUCGCGUAUGUUGGCAGUUGGUCAGAUCGUUCAGCUUCAUCAGAUUCAGGCAAUAUCACUAUUUAUCAGUGAAAGAAGGGGUGUGGUGCUACGCUGUUGGGACACUACAAAACCAGGGCUGAAGGAACCGCUUUUUCCGGAUUCGAGCAUCGCUGAAUUGUUGUGCUCUGAUGAUGAGCUGGAUAAGUUGGCUGGCGAGUUUCGAUGCGAUAUCAUUGCCUUCGGAAAGCAUGCUGAUUUUAUUAAAGCUAAAGUCAAGCCAGCUGACAUUCUGCUUCUGAGAAAUGUCCAGUGUUAUGCACCACGUUCCUAUGAGGCCUGUCUUACCAUGCAUCAGCAGGGCGAGCGUUACGGCCGGAGCAUUACCGUCCUCAGCGAUUGCUCGGAUUUCAAAAAGGCUCUUUUGGGUGACAUUGCUCAAUUCAAAAGAAAUCUCACAUCGGGUGCGCCCAGUGGCUCCGGAAUCGAAUCUCGAACAUCUGCUACUGCUCAGCAAACAACAGCUGAAUCUGAGCGGGUCGUAACUGCACAAACUGCAACUGAAUCUGAAGCAGAAACAUCUUCAACAGCGAAUCUUGCCACAGCUGAACGUGAAACAACUUCUGGUACUGCACCAACCGUAACCGAAUCUGAAGAACAAGCACGGCGAAAUGCUGCUGCUCAACCGGGAACAUCUGCAGCAACACGUUUUGCGCCAGAAUGUGGACCUUGUACAAGCGCACAAGCUGCAGCUGGAUGCAGAUACCUGCAUACGCGUGAAGCAAUCGAUGAAGGCAUUUGUGGAGAGCUGUCAAAUAACGAGAAACGAUGGGCAAAUGUACGGCGGCGUAAGUUACAUGCAAUCCAUCUUGGCUGGAUAAUGAAGUAUUUAUCGAAAAGUUGGAAUUUUGAGACAAAUCAGCAGGCGCCAUCCUCAUUGGGAAUGUAUUCGGUGCUUGCAACACGAGGAGUGCAAUAUUUGGUGAACGAUUUACUGACCAAUGUCCGAAACGGAGGGCUAGUGGAUCGGUUGAUGAAAUUGCCUGAAACAGAGCGCGAAAAUGUACUGGCGCGUUUCAUAACACUCUAUCUGAAAGCGGCUUACACUGGCAUCGUCACACAAUCAUCGGUAAGUAGAAGGAGCUUAAUUAGGUCUGCAUACAGACGGAUUUAG